ACCAUGAAACCUUUCCUCAGUGUCAUGCAUGCUCGAGCUCAUGCUACUAAGUGUGAGAUUAAAUGGAGUGGUAGGAACCAGGAAGGAGCAGGGACAACCGCCGGUGAAGAGGUGGAACAAGUGAACAGCUACCUCUCUCGUUGUGCCCUUACGACAAAAUAUAUGUCGAAAGCAGCCCGGGUGGACAUGCUUACAUUGCAUGCAAUGGGGUGGAACCACAAGAAAAGUGAUUCCUUACAUCAGGCACUUUCCACACGAUAUGUGAAGACUUGUCAGAGGCUCCUGGAUGAGACUGCAAAGCUAGCAGAGCAAAAAACACAGCUACAUUGCUCAGAUGAAAUGGUGUCACAGUGGAUUUCAGAUGUGAAGGAAUGGGCAGCUGGUGAGACACGAGAUACAUCUGACAACCUGCAAGGCACCACACACACAGGGCUUCAGCGGUCCAUUGAGGGGCUCUACCUCAGUGUGAGGCAGCGGAAGCAAAACCUGUACCGUCAGAAUGACAGCAACAAGCUUCGCCACCGGCUUCGGAGGAAGCUGGCAGAAGACAAGAAGCUCCUUCUUCAGGAGAUACAAAAGUACAACGAACUUGACUCUGCAGCAAAUAUUGAUGCAGCUGUGGUGGAGCACUCACUGAGUGGAGAGAGCACUGUGUCCCCAAUAUGGCCUUGGGAGGUUCAUGACAGCGCAAACAUUGGAACCAAGAAGCAGCUUCAUGACCAAGUGAUGACAACAAAGCGACUGCAGGAGGAAAAAAACAUUCUGGUGAUGGAGAUGGCACAACACUGCACAUGGUUGCAGAACAUGUCAUUGGUUCUCAAAAACAAGGUGGCUGAGGAGGGUGGAGACAAAGGAAAUGAAGGACUUUGCAGUCUCUUGAGGAGAAGAAACUCAGAGGUGUCAGAGAGGUUGCAAGUGGUCCUCCAACAAUACAAGACUGCUUUAGGUCCUGAGGCCUCUGCCAUUCUACAUAUUGAAGAGGAAGAUCAAAGUGUCCACAGCAGUCCAGACACCAGUGAGGAUGAAGAGGAAAACAUAACUUAGAUUGAAGCUGCACUGAGGAUUGUGGCGAAGGAAAUGGACUUGCCCUUUAUCUUUGUCUUAUUAGUACUAUUAAGAAUAAUAAUAAGAAUAACAAGAACUUAAUUUAUCCCCAAAGGGAAAGUGCCUAUCUGGAACAGACCAAUUGAAAAAAAAAUAAGGAAGAGUUAUUACAUUGCUGUAGCGUGUGAACAUUCAUUGGGGCCACACUUGACAGCUCUCCGCACAGUUACAUAGCAUUGUGGUGAAUGUUCAGACCACUGUUUCAUCUCUCCCCUUCCAGUUUCACAGAUUAUCAAUCUUGGUGAUGGAGGCACUAGCAUUUUAGUGUGUUGUUAUUUAGUUAAUGUAUGUAAAAGAUGACUUCCUCAAAUGUCUUGUUUUGUUCGGAAUUCAAAGAUACUCAGUUGACAGUCAUAGAAGUAUAAAGAAAUCAGAAAAUAUUAAAUUUCAGAAACUGGAAUCAGAUAAUUUUGAAUUUUUUUAUUUUCAAAAAAUGACUCUAAAUGAUUAAUCGUUCAUCCAAACAGUUGGUUAUUAAUUUAAAUCAAAUUGUUGCAGCUCCAACAUGGCAUGUAAAAUGUAAACCAAGGAGAAAGUCAAUUUUGAUUGAUAGGGUGGCGUGACUAAGUACGUAUUGUUGCUUACUCAUUCAGUACUAAAUCACCAUUUAGUUGCAACAUAGAAGAAAAAAAUAUUACCUGAUCAAAAACAAAUUAAUUUUAGCCAAUUUGGGUCUUUUUUUUAAAUGCCUGGGAUCACCUGAGUUUUGUGACAUCAAAGUGGGGUCAUGAGCCAAAAGUGUUUGAUUUUAACAUGGUUUUAUUAUGAGAAUUUUAAUUUACACAGACAUAUAAUAUGUAUGUAAUAUGUAUUAGACUGUGUGUAACAAAUAGACAGUUGUAUAUUUUCUUAUUAUAUGUUUUUUGGUAAGUUAAUAUAGGUGACAUACAGUAUAACUUGAUUACAUGUUCUGUUGUCAGUGCUUAUGUAAAUCUAACCCCACAGUCCAUUUUUAAGAAAUACAGUCCAAUUGUUUGUUGGACAGAUAUGCAUUUGGUGUAUUUUCUCCAGUAUUGUUGCAAAAGAUGAAUAAAUUAUUGCCAAAAAUGA